UCUACGUCGACACGUAUCGUUGCUUCGCCGAUAAUAAAAAAAAUGGCGACCGGACCCGCGUAAAUUGGAGAUCCAUAGAGGUCAGUAUCCUGCCUUAUGUUGUCAGUGACACACUGUGACGAAUAGACGUGUUGACAGGAGCAGGAGCCAUGGCUUUUGAGGAGAUCAAGAAUAAAGGGGGAAUAGAUGCAGGGAUGGAAGGAGACAGAGGCCUUGUAGCUGGUCGUAGCCAGAGAGAGAAGAGGAGGUCGUACAAGGAUCUCUUAAGGGAGGAAGAGGAGAUUGCUGCUCAGGUCCGAAAAUCUUCUAAAAAACGACCCAAGGAUUCAGAACUGUUUGCGCUCGGAGGGGACUCGCACAAAAAGAAGAAGAAGCAUAGCGAUGACUACUAUUACAGAGACCACGAUGGUUCAGGUCCACCGUCCCACAAGAAAAAGCACAAGUCUGCCGACCGCUCCCCUACACCCUCGUCCCACUCUUCCUCUCACCCGACAGACACGGCAAUGGGCCUCCUGCAGGCUAUCACCUCUCCACUGGCUACAGGUUCGGACCCCAGCCCGCACUUACACAAGAAACCCUCCUACCCACCCUUCUCAUCGCACUCCUCCAAGGACCGCAAGCGUGAGGGCAGCAGCGGAAGCAAAGGGAGCCACUCUUUCGCCCACUCCCGUCCCGUGUCCUCGUCAUCGUCGUCCACCAAGAAGCAUUCCUCGUCCUCCUCAAAGUCGUCACUAUUCCACGGUGGAGCUCCCAAGGAGGAACCCUUGACGCUGCGCGAGGCCGACGGUCUAAAGAUGAAGCUCAUCAUGUCGCCGGAGAAAGAGGAAGGAGAGAGCUUCCCGUUCACGCCCCACUCGUCCAAAGGAGGCGGAAAGAAGGAGAAGGACAGAGACAGGACGCAGCACUCAAAGGCGCCCAAGAAAAAACAGCAGCAGAGUCGAGACCCACUGCCUGUAGUGGGGAAAGAGGUGGAGGUGGAAGGUCAUUAUGGAGGUGGCAUGGGAGAUGAUAGCUCGUCAUCUGGGGCUGAGCUGGAGGCGGGUGAACUGGUUAUAGAUGAUUCGUACACACACAUGUCAAAAAAGAAGAAGAAGAGCAAAAAAAGCAAGAAGAAGAAGGACAAAGAAAAGGACAGAGACAAGGAAAAAAGUGGGAAGGACAAAAAGCACAGCAAAGGAUUUGGAGAGUCAUCGAGGGGCCACAGCCACUCCCAUCCCACGGUCACACACAGCGCCGUCGGCCCAAUGUACGCCAUGGGCACGCCUGUCCCUCCACACCACCAUCAAGGUAACGAUGGAGUGACGGAGAAGAAGAAGAAGAAGGAGGAGAAGGAUCGGGAAAAGCACGAGAAGGAAAAAGAUAAGCCCAAGAAGAAGAACACAACGGCAUAUCAGGUGUUUUGUAAGGAGUACCGGGUCAACAUAAAUGCAGAACAGCCAGGACUAGUUUUUGGUGAACUGAGCAAAAGGUUGGCAGAGGUGUGGAAGGCGAUGCCAGAGAAAGACAAAUUGGUUUGGAGGCAGAAAGCUCAGUACCUGCAGCACAAACAGAACAAAGCUGAGGCCACCACAGUCAAACACAAGAGCGUCAGCGAGGGCAAAAGCAAAGCUGUCGGAGCGGCAACAGGGAUGGUGUCACCGAACCGAGCAUCUGGCGCUAUAUCACUAUCCCCGGCACGAGUCCCAGAUGUUGAUCCCAUUGAUGCAGCAGCUCACCUGCAGCUAUUGGGGGAGUCCCUGUCCCUGAUCGGGCACCGGCUACAGGAAACAGAGGGGAUGGUCGCGGUCUCCGGGAGUCUGUCUGUCCUUCUGGACUCCAUCUUGUGUGCGCUGGGACCGCUGACCUGUCUCACCGCGCAGAUACCACAGUUAAACGGAUGUCCUCGAAUUGUCCUGUCGAAUACAUUGGACAACAUUGCCUACAUCAUGCCUGGGCUGUGAGGAUGGGGUGGUGGUCACAUGGAGGCAUUUGGCAUCAGAAGUCAACGGAUUUGACUCGAGCGGUCCCGAACUGGAGGGACCUUGGACUUUAAUUUAAGCCACUUGCUCGGCAUCGGGAAAACUUGGAUAUUUCUAGCGUCAGUGUUUUUAAAAGUGUAUUUUUUUAAAAACCUUGUUCUCUUAAUUUUUUUCUAAUUGUUAUAUUUUUUAAAUGAAACAUUUUACUGAACACGUUGAUCUUCCUUGGCAUGUCAGCUUAGUUUUAUUGUUACUCUACUGUGUGUGUGUGCGUGUGUGUGUGUGCGUGUGCGUAUGUUUAGCUGUUGAGUGUUCCGUCUACUAUAUUUGAUUUGUUUUUUAAAACGAAAAGUCCGGGAACAUGGAAGUCAUUUCUAAUAUAUAUUGACAGCCGCUUUGUUUUUUCUUUUUAAACAGUGCUGUCAUGCCUUGCUGUUUUAUACAUUUGAUAUUUUAAUGUGCGCUCGGCGUUUAAAUUUUGACUGCUCUGUCGAAAAAAACGAUAAGAAAAAAAACAACCACCGCCUUUUUAGGUACAGCCAUGUUUUAAUCGGGAGCUGUUCAAACAAAUCACUGUCAGACAUCUUAACAAAAUGUCAACAUUAAAAACUGUUUCCAAAUUCA